AUGCUAAAGCCUUCGUUACCUCCUUUAGCAGACCAAGUGACUGAACUUUAUACCCGUCUAGAAGUAUUAGCUAAUGGAUUUAGAUGUGAUAGUAGACCUCUUUUUAAUUGGAACUAUAUCUUCACACUUAGUAGAAGAUUUAGAACUAUUAAAGGAAAAAAUAGAUAUCCUUUAAGUUGGACAGGACCUAAUACCCAGUCAUCUUUAAGAGAAUUAGUUAGAUGUUGCCCUGAACAAUUACCUACAAGCAAAAAUAGUGAUAAUAAAGAAGAAGUUUAUAUGUUAACAACUAUAGAAGAAGAAGAAACUGAAACUUUUUCUAUUCCAAAUGAGCAUUAUGAAGACAUGCUUAAUACUUUACAACUAACAUUAACAGAAGGACUUACCCAGUAUUUAUGA